AUGUAUGAAAAGGGUACCAUCAAUAGAAGGUAUUCGAAAGGAGUACCUUUUCUGUUGAAAAUGGUAUCAUUUAUAAAAAGGUUAGAGGUUGAACCUUAUGGCAGAGUCUUCUUGUAAUGAGCCUGUUCGUUAUUGACUUCCUGCUAUGCAUGUGAAUACCCUGUAAUAUUAAUGAACCAAUGUGAAAGGGAGUUGAGGGUUGCUUGAUGUUAAGAGUUGUUUUUAUCACCAAACAACUUAAUGUUAUUUUAUAUCAGUCAUUUCAUCAACACAAUUUGAUGGAUUGGGGAUAACCCUUCUACUCUCAGAAAUGGCUGAGGUCAAAAUUGAUCAAAAUUACAAAUUUCAUUUUGUAAAAUGCUGAAAAACUUAUAGUACCAUUUAAAAGUAAUGUUUAAAAGACUUCAUUUGAAAGGUCACGCCGAAGAAUUUUAUCCACUAACUCAAAAGUUAGAAACACCUUACGUACGAGACUCCUUAAUUCAUUCCUUGUCACAAGUGAAAGGGUUGGUGUAUAGACACUUCGGUCUUGUUAACACGCUCUACAUGUUUUUUUUUUUUUAACUUAGCCCAAAAAUCUUAACCAGCAAGUCAAAAUUUCGGAAUGUAAAUCUAUUAAGGAGUUUUUUUUUGUCAAUUUAGAGUACUCAGCUCUGCCAAGUUGAAACAAACGCCAGACCUGUCUGCCUUUGUUUUGUUACUUGGGAGGCCUUUAUUAGUUUGGAUAGGGUAAGGAAUAUCUUUAUUGUGGGGGACAGAAGUAAACUGAUAUUGGUAUUUGAUAUCUGUUGCUUUGAUUAACCUGUUGAGUUUCACACUGCACUUAUUUAAUUUGCAGAAUAUUCAACACGGUACAGGGUAGAUCGGCCCACAUGAGGCGCCAUGCAAAAAAAGCUAACCAAAACGAUGACAAGAUUGGAGAGCUGCGGAAACGGUAACAAUUAAGAAUACUUAACCCUUUUGCCUUUUAAAAACAAAUGAAUAAUGAAUGUUGAUAACUGUGUACUUUUUACUCUGAUCUAUCGUGCGAUAGAGUUCGACGUCAAGGAUGAUUUAAAAAUAUGAAACAUUGAUGAUGACGGAUUUACCAGCCUAACAUGCCUGAAAAAUUGAAACGCACAGUCGCUAUUUUGUAUCAACUAUGUUUUGGGUUGUCACAAAUGAGCAAUUUUUUACAAGAAGACAAUGGUUUAUUUUUUGCAGUUUUGCAAUCUUUCGCAGACUAGCAUUGAAACCCAGCGUAUUUUGGGCACAAGUUGUUCAAGCAAACUUCUAAGUAGAUACCGUGCCAACAUUGGCAAAGAACGAUUAAAUGUAAUAAACAGUGCCAUAAAGAAGGCACUUGAACAGAAGCACGCCAUCUUUAUGACGAUAGAUGACCAUCAUAACAUACAUACUGUCAGAAGACCGACAGAAGAGGGAAACACAAUUGGAUCACAUGGCUACCAUCUUCAUCAAGAUUGUAAAAAAAGCUCCAGCCAUUAAUUGGUCUUUUAUCUGUUAAUUUAAUUCGUAAUCCCUAGUGUUGACUCUGACCUUGUUGUGUUCAAACCAUUUUUUGGUCAAGUAACUUCUAAUUUGUUUGCCUCGUCAAUGCCUGAAUUAACUUACUCUAUGUUUGAUCCAGUAAUGGGCCGACAUCAAAUGGAAGCACAUGACUAUCAAGCUUUAAAUCUUCAAUCUUUGCGUUCAUUUAAAGAUUUUUAUUUAGUUAAUUUUCUUUAGUUACCUUUAAAACGUAGGAAAGAUUGUAAUGAUGCUUUUGAUAUUGUAUUACAGAAAUCAAUGAGAGAAUAUCUCUCAAACAAGUGGUACUAAUGCCAGCUGACUGGCCUGAUCAGUUUUUCCCAAGGCAAAUAGUGUACCAGAAAGCUAGACAAGCAACUUCAAUCAGCACUGUACCUCAGGGCUCUUCCACUCAUCCUCUGUGCUGUCAUUCCCACUUUAGGGCCCUAAAGACCUUAAUGCUGAUGAUGAUAUUGUUUUAGGUUACAUGCUUUUUGUGAGGCUUGUUUACGAAUCUCUUUUUCCAGGGAAGAACCUGGCAGACAAGCAAAAACCCUGGAGAAUUAAAAAGUAA